CGAAGCCUACAUGUGUUUGCCACUCUGUUUAUUUCUUCGUGAAUAGACUGGAAUUGAGGUUGAAUUGGUGGUGGAGACCGACGGAUUGAGGCGAAGGAAUGACUUCAGUGGCGGAGGACGGGCCGUUUCCGAUGAGGCUCGCGGCUGAGGUGGAGAGUUCAACUUCGAAUCCGACGGAUGCUGUGAUCUUCGUAGGAAUAAGCUUGGUCUUGGGAAUUGCCUGCCGGCAUCUCCUCAGGGGCACUAGAGUACCUUACACCGUGGCUCUUCUCAUUCUCGGCAUCGCCCUCGGUUCUAUAGAAUAUGGAACAAAGCAUCAACUUGGGAAGAUUGGGGAUGGCAUUCGUAUCUGGGCACAAAUUGAUCCUAAUCUUUUAUUGGCUGUUUUUCUUCCUGCACUUCUUUUUGAGAGUUCAUUUUCGAUGGAAGUGCACCAGAUAAAGAGGUGUAUGGCACAAAUGAUUAUACUUGCCGGGCCUGGUGUUCUCAUAUCAACCUUCUGUCUCGGAUCUGCCAUUAAGCUCACUUUUCCAUAUGACUGGAGCUGGAAGACCUCUUUGUUGAUUGGAGGGCUUCUUAGUGCUACUGAUCCUGUGGCUGUUGUAGCUCUGUUGAAAGAGCUGGGUGCAAGCAAAAAAUUGAGUACUAUAAUUGAAGGAGAAUCCCUAAUGAAUGACGGGACGGCAAUAGUGGUCUAUCAGUUAUUCUUUCGGAUGGUCCUUGGGCAGACCUUUAGUUGGGGAGCUGUACUAGAAUUUCUAACAAAAGUUUCUCUCGGAGCUGUAGGCAUGGGUCUCGCGUUUGGAAUAGCAUCUGUUUUGUGGCUUGGGUUUAUUUUCAAUGACAUUGUCAUAGAGAUUGCGCUAACACUUACAGUGAGCUACAUUGCUUUCUUCACGGCUCAAGAAGGUGCUGAUGUUUCUGGUGUUCUGGCAGUGAUGACUUUGGGGAUGUUCUAUGCUGCAUUUGCUAGGACUGCUUUUAAGGGUGAUGGUCAACAAAGCUUGCAUCAUUUUUGGGAAAUGGUUGCCUAUAUUGCUAAUACUUUGAUUUUUAUCUUAAGUGGUGUUGUUAUAGCUGAAGGUGUACUUGGCAAUGACAAACUUUUUGAAAACCAUGGAAAUUCAUGGGGCUACCUCAUUCUCCUUUAUAUUCUCAUUCAAGUGUCUCGCAUGGUGGUUGUUGGAGUGUUGUUUCCCUUCUUGCGGUACUUUGGUUAUGGUUUGGACUGGAAAGAAGCUAUUAUUCUUGUAUGGUCAGGUUUGCGAGGUGCUGUUGCAUUGUCACUGUCAUUGUCAGUUAAGCAAUCUAGUGGCAACUCAAACAUCUCUUCUGAGACAGGAACUCUGUUUGUCUUUUUCACUGGUGGCAUCGUAUUUCUGACGCUCAUUGUGAAUGGAUCAACCACCCAGUUUGUUUUGCAUUUCCUAAAUAUGGAUAAGUUAUCUGCGCCAAAGAGGCGUAUAUUGGAAUACACAAAGUAUGAAAUGUUGAACAAAGCACUAGAGGCAUUUGGUGAUCUAGGAGAUGAUGAAGAACUAGGACCUGUUGAUUGGCUUACUGUUAAAAGAUAUAUUAAAAGCUUAAAUGACGUGGAAGGGGAACGAGAGCAUCCCCAUAGUGCACCGAACAAUGAAAAUAAUUUUGAUCAUAUGAACUUAAAGGAUAUACGUGUACGUCUUUUGAAUGGCGUUCAAGCUGCUUACUGGGGAAUGCUUGAUGAGGGAAGGAUCACACAAGCUACUGCAAAUAUGUUGAUGCAAUCUGUGGAUGAAGCAAUUGACUCAGUAGCUUAUGAGCCUUUGUGCGACUGGAAAGGUUUAAAAGCUCAUGUUAAUUUCCCAAAUCAUUACAAGUUUCUUCAGACAAGCAUCUGCCCGCAAAAAUUGGUUACAUAUUUCAUAGUGGAAAGAUUGGAAUCUACUUGUUACAUUUGUGCUGCAUUUCUCCGAGCUCAUAGAAUCGCUCGGCAGCAACUGCAUGACUUCAUUGGUGAUAGUGAAGUUGCAUCAAUGGUCAUCAAUGAAAGUGAGGUCGAAGGAGAGGAAGCAAGAAAGUUCUUGGAAGAUGUUCGUGUUAGUUUUCCUCAGGUUCUUCGUGUCGUGAAAACAAGGCAAGUAACAUAUUGCGUGCUUAAUCAUUUGAGUGAGUAUGUCCAAAAUCUCGAGAAGGUUGGGUUGUUGGAAGAGAAAGAAAUGAUUCAUCUUCAUGAUGCUGUCCAGACUGACUUGAAACGGCUCCAAAGGAAUCCUCCUUUAGUUAAAAUUCCAAGGAUAAAUGAUUUAGUUAGUGCCCAUCCUUUGUUGGGAGCACUUCCUUCCGCCAUACGUGGGCCACUUUCAGAGUCUACCAAAGAAAUAAUGAAACUACGAGGUGUGACGCUCUAUCGAGAGGGUACCAAACCAACUGUUAUUUGGCUCAUUUCAAAUGGAGUAGUGAAGUGGAAAAGUAAGAGCUUAAGAAAUAAGCACUCAUUACAUCCAACAUUUACCCAUGGAAGUACUCUGGGCCUCUAUGAAGUGCUGAUUGGCAAGCCGUACAUGUGUGACAUGAUCACUGAUUCUGUGGUACUCUGUUUCUUCAUUGAAGCUGAAAAGAUACUCACAUUGUUCAGAUCUGAUCCAGCAGUUGAGGAUUUUCUCUGGAAGGAAAGUGCUAUCAUUCUUGCCAAAUUCAUGCUUCCUCAAAUUUUUGAGAAAAUGACCAUGCAAGAUCUAAGAGCUCUUGUUGCAGAAAGGUCAAUAAUGACUAUACACAUAAGGGGAGAAAUUGUAGAAGUACCUUACCAUUCUGUUGCCUUUCUAUUAGAAGGAUUUGUGAAAACACAAGGUGUCAAAGAGGAACUGAUUACAUCUCCUGCAGCACUACUGCCUUCAUGUGGGGACCUAAACUUCCUUGGAUCGGAAACCUCAGGUGCCAAGCAAAGCAGCUUUUCUCACCAGGGAUCCUGGUAUCACGUGGAGACAAGAGCCAGAGUAAUUAUAUUUGACAUUGCUGCGUUUGAAACCAACAGAGUUCUACAGAGAAGGUCAUCUUCAUUGUUGUCGCAUGUAAUUGAUCACCCCACUAGUUCCCUAAGCAAAGAGCAUAGCGGCCUUAUGAGUUGGCCUGAAAAUUUCUUCGAGACAAGAUAUCAUCAGCAAAGUCCCAAUAAGGCUGGUGAACAAGCAACCAACUUGUCUACCCGGGCAAUGCAGUUAAGCAUGUUCGGCAGCAUGGUCCGCCAACGGCGUGCCCCAAGCUUCCCAAGUACUCGAGCAAACUCAUUGCAUAGCCAAUCGUAUCCACGAGUCCCGACUAGUCAGGGGCAACCUCUUGUUUCUGUGAGGUCAGAAGGAUCAACCACAGUGAGAAAGCGCCAUGAAGUAGUCUUUACAAGUCAAAAUCCUAAUCCUAUUCCUGCACGACAACAUCAAAGCUCGAACAUUGAGGAGAACCGUAGGAUCAAUGACUCGAGUGAUGAUUCUGGCGCAGAGAAUGAUGAACUGAUCGUCAGAAUUGACUCACCAAGUAGUCUUUCUUUUCACCAGGUUUCUUGAGAUGACUUCUUUACAUCCUGAUUAUGUUUAUCUAUUUAUGCCUCCAUUGCAAAAUAUAGAUAUGAUUUCUUUUUUUUAUUCACUUAGGAUGUGUAAGCUUCGCCUAACUAAUUCUCAUCGGCGGGUGAGCUUCUCUCCUGAUGCACCCUCGAAUAAAUCUGGAUAUAGAUACAGUUUAUACACACUUAAAACUGGAUAUUCAACACAGUUUAUGUGGGACUUAACUUUCAGUCUUAUUGCUGUCUUCCAAUAAUAAUUUUAUCUUCUAAA